ACCAUCAGUAACACUUUGAAGUUCGUGAGAUGAGCUGAAAAGUGGGCAAACGGCUCCUCGGGUCUGCUUUCAUCAACAGUUCGCAGACUUGAGAGAAGGUUCUCGGCGCUCGAACCAGAGCGACGCCUCUGGAUGGAGACGCGUUUGGGCAGAAAUGGACAGAUUGAGGACAAGUCUGCGUGGGAUCCCAACAGAAAAGCCUCCUAGACCGACUGCUUUCACAUUCAUACCAGUGCUGCAGGAUUUACCCAUUAAAGGUGUAAUUACUCCGAAGGAGAGACCUGGAGGAGGAAACUCUCCCGAGGAGCCCACGUCGGACGGGCAGCGUCUCAGAGCACGGAUAGUUUUCAUCUCAGGAGCAGGAGACGCAAUUCAGCGGCGCGGCGAAGCUGAGGGGAAGCGUUCCCUAGUGAGCCCGUCUCAAACCGACGCCUCUCCCACCGUCGGCCCACGGUCUGAAAAUACCCCCGCUUCCGCCGCCGCCGCCCUGACGGGCUCCAUGGAGACAGCUGUUAAACACGCGUGCAGCUCCCAGCAGCGCGGCCCCGGCGCCUUCGCCAGCGCCGCGGACCUGUUCCCCACCCCGUCCUCGUCCAGAGAGUCCGUCCUCUCCGACGCCCGCCUCCCCUCUCUCGCCUCCCCCGUCUCCCCCGUCUCCCUCAGCCGCGCCGUCUCCCCCUGCUCCUCCGCCUGCUCCGGCCUCUUCUCCCCCGCUCUCGUCCAGGUCAAGAAGCACUUUCUGGCUCCCGGCUCCAGCCUGGUCCACAUUCCUCAGACCUGUUUCUCAUCCUGCGACAGCCUCUCCUCCCCCGCGUCUCCCCCUCCCGCCCCCCGACACCGGCCUCCUGUCACCCGCCUCUCCCUGCUCACCGCCAUCCUGAGAAAGGGCCGCCUCCCCGUCCUGUCGCCCGCGCCGCAGAGGCCUUACACCCCCUGCUGGCCUGUUAACCCCGUGACGCUGUCCUUCUGCAGCGCCUGCUCCGCGGCCUCCAGCGUUGCCUCCAUUCCCCUGGAGUUUUCCUCUCGAUCCUCCUCGUCGGCGUCUCCAAACGUUCCGGGGGACCCCGGCAGAAGCGUGACGGCUCCUCCGCCUGCUCCUGUCGCAUCUGAGUGUGUAAGAGGCGUCCGCUCCAGCGCCGUGCCGAGACGGGAGCGGGUUAUUUCACCCGCGCCAGCAAAGAACACCCCCCUCAGAUCUGACCCUGCACCUAAACCUGAAGAAAGAACAGACUGUGACUACAGAUCACCGCAGCCCAGCCAGACUCACACCAACCUCAAGGGCCAUGAUCACAAUAACUUCAAAACUCGCUUCAUCCCAUCCGCCAGAGCUGCUAACGAGCCUCAGAACCUGAGUCGCCCCCUGAAUUCAUCCCUGUCAAAGCUUCGCUUGCUUUCCCAGCGACUGAGGUCUCCGCCCGUCUGCCCUCCCCAGCUGCGGCCUCCGCGCACGGACGCGCCGCCAUGCUCGCCUGCUUUUCCCGGCGCCACAGGGAGGUGCGGCUCGCACGGGGGCGGCCCCGCUCCUCAAAGUGUCGCCCCGUCGCCCGGGUUCGGCGCCGUUCACUGUCUGUCCCCGUCCCGCUUCGCGCCCAUGGCUUUUCCUGGAUGGCCGUCUCCCGCCAGCUCGCCCACGCCCACGCCGUCGCCGGCUCCUCCAAUCAGAGUCCUCACCCCGUCCCCGUCUCCAUCCCUGUGCACGACGCCCUCCCCAAGGCCGGGGAGUGGAAUAUCAGACUGCAGCGACAGGGAGGGUAAAAAAAGAAAGACACACAAGAUCAAGUCAAGCUACAAGUCGUUCGCUGCGAUUCCCACAAACACCCUCCUGUUGGAUCAGCAGGCCAUAGACGAGCAGGUGGAGCGGGCAGGGAGCCCGGGCGAAGCGCUGCAGCGAGGCGCCACGCCCGACCCCCACGCCGAGAUGCGCUCGCCCGCCCAGCUCCGGCAGGAGUCGGAGGAACUCUACGCGGUCAUUGACGAGGUGUUGGCAAAUUCAGCUCCUCCACCAAAGCAGGCAUUCAGGUCCUCCACUGCCGUUGGACCGCAGCGGAACACCUUGACCCUUCCGAAAUCCUUGGGCCGUGAAACCAAAUAUGCAUCGAUAUGCAGCUUGCAUCCGUCUGCUCACGUGGAAAAGAAAAAAGAGCCUAAAAUGACCAGGCCUGGGAUCAUUCGUCCAAUGACGGCCGUUCCGAAGCUGAUGGUGGACGCAGGAUUUCAUCCAAAGCCCCUCAGGCCCUUUGUUAUCAAGACCCUGACAGGCGACAGAAAGGUGCACAAUGUGGGAUCUGAAGAGGCAGAGAAAGAUUUUUUCGUGCGCUCGACCGGCCAAACGCUGAGCGAGGAGCGGAGGUCUGACCGAAAGGCUCCGUUCUCGUCAUGUGACCUGUACAUUACAGAGCCUGAAGACCAGCGCGGACACCUCGCGAAAGACGCGUCAACAUCCUUCAGCCCCAAAGAAUGGCAGAUGGAGGCUUUUGAGGCUCACAUUUAAGCCAUUAAAUGUCGGGCUUGUGAAUCAUAUUCAUGUUCCCAUACUGUAUGUACGUGGUAAAAGGUCUUAGUCUGUGCGGCUAUAUUUACUUGUAGCAGCCCUAAAGCUUUUAACCAGAAAUGUCACCACACUGUAAGAAAUUGUGGGAAGUGGUUAAAAGCUCGUACAAAACCAAUGUCUUUCAAAUAUCCCAUGAAAGAAAGCCGAUCUGCCCAUGAAUGAUACAUCUACAAAUGAAUAAUUAGACCUCAUAUGACACACACAUCCAGUGUUUCAAGAGGCCUGACAGGUUCCUGACACCUCCAUGUGACAACGCGCGGCUCAUCGCUCAUUAACUUCCUACUGACUUCUACUUCUAGACCGCACGUCUGUAGCCUGCGACCAAAGAUAUUACUGCUUAGUCGUUCUAGUUACUCAGUCUGUGUUUGAAUUGAUCUUUGUUCCUCCAGCUGGUUGUAAACAUGGUAUCCGUUUGAGUUUUUAAUGCUUUCCGAUUUUUUUAGGAAUGACGACCCAGCAAAAACAUGCAUUGGAUUACAUCAUCAUGAAGACACACGUAGGCUGCGGCUGAUUGUGAAUCGUGGCACGGAGUACGCGUGUGAAUGUCAGAUUGCUGGUUUCAGUUACAGAAAUGAUAUGUCUUGGAGGUUAUUUGACUGGGGGACAUGUUAUUAAAGGCUCGGCAUUGUUAUUUUGCUCCAGCGUGGAGCUGGUAUCGAGAUGAGAUGUGCGUACAGUGGAGGAUCGCGUUUUAAAAUGUAGAUCACAUGCAGUCGACGGACAGGUGAACCUGAGACGACAUGCAGGUGUGUUCAUGUUUCUAAUCCCUAUGUUGACAUGAAUGUACUGGAACAGUGACUCUGGGUUAAUGAAACGUAAACACAAAACCUAAUAGAGCUGACCGUGCUGCUGAGGCCAUAAUAAACUCCAGCUACAGCCUCAUACUGUAAGGAAUGGCCUGCUUGUCACCUAAAUGUGCAGAAAACUGAAAAAAAAACACAAUUUCACCCGAAACAAAUGAUUUGAGAUAAAACUGUAUCAUGUAAUAAAUGCUUUUUUUCUAGCUUCA